CUGAGCCACUGUAAACUUUGUACAUAGUUGAAGCUCAGGGAUGCUGUAACUUUGGUUUUUGGUGAAAUUAUCAACUAGACAUAUUAUAUACCUGUUUUUAUCAGUGAAAUAUUGUGAUGAUAACCGAGAAUCGAUUUUACUGUUCAUAUCGUGAAAAAAGAUUAGGCUGCACUGAGUGUCCACGCAUCCAUUCCUCCUAUCAAUACCAGUCGAAACUUUAUCCUCAGCAGGUAUCGUGUUACUACUGAAAACGCAGGCUACGUCAUACACAUAUACCAGCAGAGUUUCUGGCAUCCGGAUUGAAUUUCCGUUGCAUGGGAGGAAUGGAUAGAAGUGGUAGAAGUUGGGAGACGAUGUGCUUGUAUUAGCGACUAAAUUUUUGAUUACGGUUUGCGGUUGGUUUGGUGACCUUUACGAGAAUACGUUUACUCAUGUGCGAAAAUGUUUGUGCUAACGUAUGUGUAACUUCUAGCUGCAGGUGAUUGGUGUUUAGUGUUAUAGAUAUAAAUGAAAUUUGGGUCGGUUGUGACUAAGUGCAUUAGUGAUAUAGUUUGAGAUUCAGAAAAACGUUUGUUGUUUAUUUAGUGUGAAAUAUCAUCGCUCGUUAUGAUGUUGCGGUACGUGCUGGUUUUACCGCCAAAGCUGUUUUUUGUUCGGGCGUUCAUGUUGCUUUUCUUAAUUUUUCACAACGUAAAUGCACAAAACUACGACAGUCGCCGAUUGAAACCAUGUGAGCUAGAAUCGCUGCUAAGAGAUCUAACCUACCCUGAAGAAGGUUAUGAAAUGCAUGCUGUGGCGCUUCGCAACCAGUUGCGACAUAUUUUGGAGCGUGAUCCUUCUGAAAACUAUCAGAAUCUCGAUGACAGUUCGGAAGCAAGCCAUGGUCCGUACGAAGACAAACGUUCGUAUCGUGCCCUUUUACGAGAUGGAGCCGUCUUUGGUAAACGAAAUGUGGGCGCACUAGCUCGGGCUGGAUUACUGCGAAAUCAACCGGAAUACCUCAAACGUAGCCUGGCAACACUAGCCAAAAAUGGGCAGCUACCGUCGCGUGACACAGAAUCCGAGGAUACCACACCUGAUGGCGAAUGGAAUGAGGACAAGCGCAAUGUGGCAUCAGCGUUGAAAUCAGGAUACAUGCUGAACGGAAAACGUACCAUUGCUUCGUUGGCCAGAAAGUAUGAAUUGCCUGGCAAGCGAAACAUUCAAUCAUUGCUACGCACUGGAAUGCUUCCGUCAAUUGCACCGAAACGUAAUAUACAGUCUCUCGCACGGGAAAAUGCACUUGCAGGAUAUGGAAGCGUUGAUAAGCGAAACAUUCAGACACUGGUACGCGAUUGGAGUUUACCGAAACAACAUAACAAACUCUCCGAGGGCGGCAGUUCAACAGGUGAUAAUGAAAAACGCAACAUUCAAUCGUUGAAGAAUGCCCAAGGAAAUGGACGCAAAAAGCGAUCAUUGUACUAUGACGAAUUGGAGGAAAGCAGUCCGGAAGUGUUGGAACCUGUUUUCCAAACUGCUCCACUGGACUACGAGGAGCUUAUGGACGCAAUGGUGCAAACAUAUCCUCUCUACAGUACCGACAAUCAUCUGGAAGAAAAACGAUUUCUUGGCCUCAGAAGAAGCGAAGACAUCACCAAUUAUGGAGAUGACAGAACGGAUGCGGAUCUGCCAUUGCGAAACAUGCCACUCGUAAAGCGCCACAUUGCCUCGAUAGUGCGGUCCGGCUGGACACCAUCGUUCCGGCCGUCGCGUGGAAAUCGCUUCAGUCGGGCCGGCAGGGCGAGGUCGAAUUUUACUCCCGACCCGAGCCACUACGACAACCAACCAGCGGCGUAUGUAGACAAUGCAUUCAUGGAUUCAGAGGCACCGUUAGUUGGGGAGCUCCAGGGUUACAGUCCUCGUGGGGUGCUGCGCCGCCCAGAGUUGCCGCGCUACACUGGCGAGGCCUUCGCGAAUCACCCGUACGUGCACGAAGAGUUCAGUGAACGUGUAAACCCUUUCUACACGGAUGAGGAAUAUCGUUGUGCCAACCGUCUCCGUAAGUUACUCUAUUAUCUGAAAAAACAGUAUUAUCUUGACAAUAAAUACAUUCAAGCAACUUAUGGCAGAAAUUCAGGUUACUUUAAGUAAACCGUAAGCGAUAUUCGGUUAGUGAAAAGGAAAAGAAAACAAAAGCAUAAAUCAAAUUUUCCAACUUCUAAAAAGCACUGUCAUGUGUCUUUGUUUUUGCAUCAAUCACAACUUUUCUCUAAUCCACUAAAUGGUUCAUAUUUAAUUUUUUAACUCUGAUUAUAUUUUACAACCUCAUUCUUCAAAGUGGAACAUGAGAAGAAAUUCCAGUAAAUUACUUGUUUUUACCUAUACCUAAGCCAUUUAAAAAGUAAAAAGUUGCGGGCUAGUUUAAAAAGAAAACUUUGAAAACUGAAGCACAUUACAGUGCAAGAAUUUCUAUCCUACUGACAAAAAAGUAAUAUCUAAUACUUUCAUAUCUAUUCGCUCAUAUCAAAUCGAUGAAAUGAUCAAUAAUAUAAUCCAGAUGGUAGUGAAACUCUUGAAAUCCGUAUUAUAAAUUAUACAAGGAAUUUCCGAUUAAAAUCCUCUUGUAUAAUCUACAUUUUUUGUGGUAUGUGGAAGCUUAAUGUAAGGUUUUGAAUUAUAGACACGAAAACGAAUUAUAUUUGCUCCCAUGCGAAUAAGAAGAUAGAGCAUAGAUUGUGAGCAGAGUGUGGAGUCAAUAGUAUAUUGCGCCUACCAUCGUAAGCAGAGAACAGUAAUACCGGUGUUCUAUCGAUGAUAAAUCGGUUCUGUAUUUGCGAUGGUAGUUUCAUAAGCAACAGCUAGUAAGGCCGAAGAUCAUUCGAAUUCCGAGCAGAGGGAUGCGGGAAAGAAUAUAAAAUGUAGGCCGAAACGUCAUACAAAUCAAGUUCAAUUAAUUGCAAAACAAGCUAUAUGUAUAGCUACAUCAUAAAUGGUUUCAACAUCUGGCACAGUAAUUGGUGGACCUCUGCUCGGUAAAUCGUGCCCCGGCAGCAUAUAUCGAAAAGAUCUAAAUAGCUGAAUCUACAACACAAUGGGAAACGGCAUCGCAAUGUUCUAAACAUCUGAAAGGCAUUGAUGAUUGAGUUAUUUAGAACGUUUGAAAUAAUGACAAACUUUCUACUUAUUGACUACUGAUAACACUGCAAAAAUCUAUGAGCUAAAUGAAUUCAAUACAAACAUGGUGAAAGGACAAGUAAACGAAUGUAUAUGAAAGUUAUGGAAUAUUUAUUUGUUCACGAUUUUUUAUUGAAAUGUAUAAUUUCUGGGUGAUCUUAGUGAGUGAUUAGUGAAUAAUUUAGCCUUUUUUCAAAGUAAUUAUUUUGUAGGUCCGGAUAAUCAGUUUUUUACCCCAAAUGUGUUAGUUCAAAUGUAUCAAGUUCAAAACUUUAUUAAUGAUAAUGUUUUGUUCUAUUUGAAGCAUAUUUUUUGCUAGAUUCAAAGUAAGCAUAACAUUAAAAGAAACAUGAAUUUAAUUACCAACAAGUGUGAGUGCGACAAUUGAAAACUAUGUUGUGACUGUUGUAUCAAAAGCAAACCUUUACCCGACCGAGUGCUCUCUACAAGAACAAAAUCAAACUGACAAUAAUUGCAGCAAACAUGUGUUCGUAAGCGAGUGCAAACGUAACUAGGAAUGAGAUAAAAUAUUCAACUGAAACAUAUUUUUAGAUAGCUUAGUCAGCAAUCAACCGACUGCACACGAUUGGACAAUAAUGUUUGGUUUGCGGUGAGAACAGGAAAUAACACAUGAAACCAUCGUAAAAAAUGAUAGCACAUUAGUUGGCUUGAUAGAUUAAUUUGCAGUUGCCUAAUUAUAGCUUCCGAUCAUUACUGUUUUCUGAACCACUAAUCUUGGGAGUAAUGCAUUUUUGUGAAAUCGACAAUAUAACAAAAAAAAAACACACACGCACACACGUCAAUACCGAAGGCUGAAAGUAAAUCAAUGUUGGAUGUGCAAUGAGUGUAAACAAAAGUGUACUAUAACUACGAGAGACAAUAAUAACUCAUAACAAUAUAAUAAUGACAAAUAAUAUGGAAGCGAAAUGAGCAAACAGUAAGACAAAACAUAGCUAGCGUUAAGAUGGUAUGCAGUGCAAACAAGACAAUAAUUUAUAACACACAAAAAAAGCAUGCACAAAUCCAUGCGAACAUGUUAGUGUUACGAACAUACAUCGUCGAUUCUUGAAUGUCAAAUCCAGUCACUUUGUAUGCUGAAUAUUCACAGCAUUCUAAUGCCCUAAGGAACGAAUAUAAAAAAACACACACAUUUAAAUGCAUUAGUAGCGUCACAACAACAAGGAAUUCAAAAUAUCCUACUUCUGGUGGUUCAAAGUCACUGGCAUUAUGUAGAAGAAACCAUUUGAACCCGUUUGUCAUCAAGAUAUUCAAAAGGAGGUGUUGAUUAUGUUAGGAUAAAAGUGUGUAUUAUAAAACGCUUUCAAGUAAAUGAGGACUACAUAGCGACAUCAGUGAAGGAACCAUAUACUAUUAGCAUACAUAUUCUUAUACAUAUAUACACAUUAUAUACAUACAGUGAAAGGAAACAAACCAAAUAUAUUUAUCAGACUCUUCCUCCCUUAUUAUAUGUGCUAAGGAAAACCCAAAUAAAAACCAUAAUAAAACCAUGUAAGAAGAAUUAAGACAAUGGAAUAAAGGUGCAUAACAGCAGUCACAAGUAUGUGCGCACAUCUA